AUGCCACAGUCGAUCCUCGUCGCAAAUGACUACAAGCAGCCAGGUCAAUCCUUGGCUUAUGUGCUGAAGAUAUCACCCUCCUUCUGGUUGACGGUCAUAUUGACAGCGUCCAUUAUCCUUCCAUGGUUGAGACUCCGAGAGGCUGCCGUGCGUUGCGAAGUCCUUUCGGACCAUGCUCUUCGUAUCUUCGUUGAUGCCGAUGGCCUGAGAGUUGGAAGAUGUAUGACUUAUGAUUGGGGAAUUUACAGCGGCACGAAUAGCCCUAUGCCUGGUUCCCCUAUGAGUAUCUCUCAGAGUCCUCUCAUGGAAUGGCACAGCUUCGCUACAAUCAAGGAACCUGGAAGAUCCGGCUAUUCGAUGACCGUUUCUCAAGCAGGCGACUGGACAACGAAACUCGUUCAGGUUCCUCCUGAGAAGCUCUGUCUUCGUGGGAUCCCGGUCUGUGGAGUCGUUCAUAAGGCUCGCUCCGAUGUUCAGGCGAGUCAUGCUUGUGGCGACGGGUAG